CUCUUGGAGCAAGACGGGUUUGCGAUUUCAGUGGCUUGUACUGCGAGUGUUUUAAAGAGGUGGCCAUACCAUCGUUCGUUUCUUUAUAAUUUGUUAUUGUCAAGAGUUGACAGCCGUAAGUAUGCAAGCGGAAUCGGGUAUAGUUCCUGACUUCGAGGUUGGAGAAGAGUUUCAAGAGGAACCAAAAACGUAUUACGAAUUGAAGAGUCAGCCCUUGAAAAAAAACAGUAAUCCUUCAGACCAGCCAUGCUCAUCUUCCAAGCCCCCAUUGGGCUCCUCGACCACGACAUCACGGAUCCUGCUGCGGCAGCAGUUGAUGCGAGAGCAGCUCCAGGAGCAGGAGCGGCGGGAGCAGCAGAGACGCCAGGCCUCCUCCACCUCGCAGUACCCCCAGAUCACCGCCGCCCACAAUCACACGCACGGCCAGACACCGGCCAUCAAUGUCAGCGCUCCUCCCAGUCUGCCCCCUGUAUCCCAGCUGCCCAUGGAGGUGCUGAAGGUGCAAACUCACCUGGAGAACCCCACCAAGUACCACAUCCAGCAGGCCCAGCAGCAGCAGGUGAAGCGCUACCUGGGCAAGAUUGGCUCCCUGCCCUGCCCUAACCAGCCCGCUGACCACGGGGGCAUGCCUCCGGGGCCGGGCAACAGUGCCCCCAACAGCCCCAUGGCCUUACUCACCCUCAACAUCAACUGCGAGAAAGAGAUGGAUGAUGUCAUUGAUGACAUAAUUAGUCUGGAAUCUAGUUAUAACGAUGAUAUCCUUGGAUUAAUGGAUCCACGGCUUCAGAUGGCCAAUAUGAUCACUGUCAACACUAACCUCUUGGAACUGUAUGGUAACCAGGGCAUGCCCCCUCCAGGACUGGCCAUCAACUCCUGCCCUGCCAACUUGCCCAACAUCAAAAGGGAAUACUCAGUUUCCCAAUCUCCGGCCAUUAUGCACAUGGACAAGUCAGAAUCAUGUGGCAAGUUUGAGAACUAUCAGAGGCCUGAAGGGUAUCCUGUAGAAGCAGAGGUCAGGGCAAUGGCAAAGGAAAGACAGAAGAAGGAUAACCAUAAUUUGAUUGAGAGAAGACGGAGGUUUAACAUCAAUGACCGGAUCAAAGAAUUGGGAACCAUGAUUCCAAAAUCAAGUGACCCGGAUAUGCGUUGGAACAAAGGCACCAUUCUCAAGGCGUCGGUGGACUACAUCAGGAAGCUACAGCGGGAGCAACAGGGGGCCAAAGAGCUGGAGAACAGGCAGAAGAAGCUGGAGCACAUCAAUAGACACCUGAUGAUGCGGAUACAGGAGUUGGAGAUGCAGGCUCGUGCCCAUGGUCUGACCACAGACUCGUCUGCCCUCUGCUCAGCGGAGCUCUCAGCCCGAGGCAUCAAGCAGGAGCCAGCCCUGGGAGAUUUCCACCAGGAUCUGUACCCUGUCGACCCCCAGCACCAACACCACCCAGCCUGCACUCCAGACCAGGUUCAGUCCACCACCUUGGAGCUCAAUGAUGAAGCCUCUCCCUACACUGAGGGCCACGGGGGAAUCUCAGGCGAGCUCCGGAUGGACGACACCUUGUCCCCGGUGGGAGGGGGAGACCCCCUGCUCUCCUCUGUCUCGCCCGGGGCCUCUAAGGACAGCAGCUGCUCAGGCAGCAUAAGCAUGGAAGAGAACGACCAUGGCUGUUAGCACUCACUGCUGCCCACACACCUGCAUAUUUAUCUCCAUCCUUCCACCCUGUCCUACUUCAGCCAGCUGCUGGUUGGUUUGUUUGCUGGUUGAUUGUUUUCAGGUGUUGACACAUAUUUAAUUUUUCAGCCCUAUAUUUUGUUUUGUUUAUUUUAUGGUAUCAUUGGGUUCUGAAAGCGUUCAAACUGAAUUUAUUUAAGUUUCUCUUAUGUAUUGAUUUAAAAAAAAAAAAAUUAUAGUUCAUUUUAAUCGAUCAUGAUCUGAUUUUUAUAAUACUUUGAUGACAAUGAGUCAGGGAUCUGACACGUACCUGUGUAUAGUUAUCAUGGUACUGUAUAGGACAGGCUUAUAAUAGUUAUAAAACCCUGAUUGAUGAGCUUAUUGCUUUUAAACUUUAAACAAUGUAAUUCCCUCGGAAUGAAAGAUAAAAAUUGUGGUUAAAUAUAUUUUUGGUGAGAUACACACUACUUGCUUUUUAGCAAGUCUGUUCAGAGCAAUUUGACAGAAGCGAUAAUAGAUUAUUUUAAUUACUUUUGUGCUUUACCAUCAUCUUAGAUUGAACUUGAAUGUGACAAUGCCUUAGUCAGAGGAUUUGUAAACAUUUCACAUAUUGUACAGAAUGUAGUCAGUCUACCAAUGUUGUCAGAAAUGCAACAGUGAUUUCGAUACGAGCAUAUUUUGAUUUAUGAAGAUAUUUCUGAUAAUAUGAUGGAAAUGUAUUGCAAGAAAUACUCACGAAGGGCUGGAUUCAAUACGUAUCGUGGACGUAUCACGGAUGUUAAAAUGUAAAGGUAAUUUCCAAUUGAGCCUACAUAUGCAGCGUUUAACAUGAAUAUAGUCUCUGCGAAAGCGGGAACAUUACUUUUAAAUUUCAAUCAAGCUAUAACACGGAUUUUCCGUGAAAUGAAUUGACUUGCUAUAACAAUCAAGCAAUAACAUGGACCUUCCGCGAUACAGAUUGAAUUGAGCCCUAAGAAGUGUAUCUCCUAGGAAGAAAAAUAUAUUUUGUUUUUAAAUUGUCCAUUUCCUAAAUUAUUAGUGUUUUGUUGUACCGUUGUUAGGAUUUGCCUGUCCAAUAUCCAUUUUGAGAUAUUCAAGAUAUUUUUUAAAGUUAUGUGAAUGUUUAUAUUGCCAAGGAAUGUAAGGACACUGCUGUGGGAUAAAAAAAAAUGUAUGACACACUCAAAACACUGGAAUGACAUCCAUACAUUGAAAAAUGGUUUGGUUGGUAACCAUUUUUUAAUAUAUAUGUACUAACAAUAUUAUAUUUAGGGUUUUUAAAUGCAUACAAUUUAUUGUAUGAUUGAUUGUAGUUAUAACUAUAAACUGUACUGUUAAUGUAUAUUUCUACUAUUUAACAACUUAGCAAAAUACUAAAAUAUGCCUUUGAUAAUAACUAUCUACUGUACAUUACACCACUGUAUUGAGAGCAUGGUUACAGUGCAUCCUCAAGUCUGUGGAACUAUGCAAUGAUCACAGUUGUAGCUCAGUAUUGUGCCUGUUUUGCCCAGAAGACAUUCGACACAUUAGGCUGGUCAUCUAUUAUGUUGUAAUGAUUAGUAAGAAGCGGCCAGCAGAAUGAUUAACAUUGAAGUGAAGUGCCUUACAGUUGUUGUUUUAUUUUCCACAGACCUAUGAGGACUACUAUACACUGGUAUGUUGUUGUUGCUUCUGGUGUUUGGUGCUUCAUGUAUGAAGUGUUGAGCUGCAAGGUCCCUAAGGGAAGCAGUAGGAAAGGGCAUUUUGUCAGACAGUAGAAGACCAUGUUAUGGGCCCCCCAUGACCACAUGGGCUCUAACACUGGACUGUAAGAAUGUCUCUCCAGGCCAUCCGUUUUGUUUGGGAUGUUUUUUAUGCUAGAUUUAUUUAUAUAUUUUUUAUGUCAGAAUUCCACUCAGAGGGCAAUAAUCAAAAUGUAGUUUUACUGAAUUAUCAGCUUAAAUUUUAAGACCAAUAAUUUUUCUGAAUGUAAUGUACCUCGGUGUUGACUGCCAAAAUGUGUUUCCAAAUUCAAAGUCUAAAAUAUGUAAAGAAAGAAUUAACAUGUGUUUUUUGACAGCUUAGCUGAUGUAGCUUUAUGUACGGAUGUUUCUUCCUUAUUUAUAGAACGAUAACUUAAGAAGAAUGGCAAUCAGGCAGAAGGUUAAGCUAAGCACAAAGUAGCCCAUGCACUUAAAGGGGCAUUCUCUGCAGUAACAAUCCACUGCAGAAUGGCCCUCAUGGUCAAACUGAACCCAGGUCUGUCUGCUGAUAUCUAGACACAGGCCUGUCAUUCACUCACUGCCCUUUGACUGAACCCAGGUCAGCAUGUCACUGAAUACAUAGAACUGAAUGGUGACAGUUGAUCUGAAGCUUAUUAUUUGUAAAUACACAUCUUCAUUUUGAUCGGGCCCACUACCAUGGCACAGUUUGGGUAUACCACUAACAUUUCAAAGAGCCAUGUUUGUUCACACAUUGAACAAACUGUCAGCUCUACUCAUUCUAUUUAUAUAGUUCAGAUAGACGCCUCUGCUGAGAUUGCCACUGUAAUCUGAUAAUGACUCUGUUGCCAGGGGAGAUGGCGGUAGUGAUGGUCAUAAACUGGUUAGGGAUGGAUCAGUGAUGUCAAGCUCAUUCAUUGGAACUGAGUGUGAAAACUAGUGACAAAUAUGAAAGUCAAUAAAAUAUUGUUACCGGUCUUUCUAUGUUUUCUUUCUAUCUAAGUAUUUCCCUGAUUGUCUCUAAACACAAAUGAUGUGGAAAUUAUACUGUAUACAAUGAGGUUAAUGAGAAUACAGUAUAUAAUGUUCAAAGACACACCAAUAUAAUUAAUAUAUACAGUGCUUUCAGAAAAUAUUCACACCCCUUGACUUUUUCCACAUUUUAUUGUGUUACAAAGUGGGAUUAAAAUUGAUUGAAUUGUAAUUUUUGGUCAAUGAUAUACACAAAAUACUCUGUCAAAGUGGAUGUUUUUUUUAAACAUUUGUAAAAAACAUUCAUGGGAAUAAAACACUAAUGUACACUGAGUGUAAAAAACAUUAUGGACACCUUCCUAAUAUUGUGUUGCCCCCCUUUUCCCCUCAGAACAGCCUCAAUUUGUUGGGAAAUUGACUCUAAGGUGUCAAAAGUGCUCCACAGGGAUGAUGGCCCAUGUUGACGUCAAUGCUUCCCACAGUUGUGUUAAGUUGGUUGGAUGUCCUUUGCGUGGUGGACCAUUCUUGAUACACACAGGAAACUGUUGAGCAUGAAAAACCCAGCAGCGUUGCAGUUCUUCACACACUUAAACCGGUGCCCCAAACCCCAUUCAAAGGCACUUAAAUCUUUUGUCUUGUCCAUUCACCCUCUGAAUGGCACACAUAUACAAUCCAUGUCUCAAUUGUCUCAAGGCUUAAAAAUCCUUCUUUAAGUCUUUAAGAGCUUUCCACAUUUGCCCAUUAUUCUUUAAACCAUUUUCAGGGCUUGCCAUAGAUUUUCAAGAAUAUUUAAGUCAAAACUGUAACUAUGUCACUCAGGAACAUUCACUGUCUUCUUGGUAAGCAUCUCCACUGUAGUUUUGGCUUUGUGUUUUAGGUUAUUGUCCUACUGAAAGGUGAAUUUAUCUCCCAGUUUCUGGUAGAAAGCAGACUGAACCAGGUUUUCCUCUAGGAAUUUGCCUGUGCUUAGCACCAUUGCAUUUAUUUUUUAUCCUGAAAAGCCCCGCCCUUAACGAUUACAAGCAUACCCAUAACAUGAUGCAGCCACCACUAUACUUGAAAAUAUGGAAAGUAGUACUCAGUAAUGUGUUUUGCCUCAAAUAUAACACUUUGUAUUCAGGACAUGUUUUGGAAUAUUUUUUAUUCUGUAUAGGCUUCCUUUAUUUCACUCUGUCAAUUAGGUUAGUAUUGUGGAGUAAGUACAAUGUUGAUCCAUCCUCAGUUUUCUCCUAUCACAGCCAAUAAACUCUGUAACUGUUUUAAAGUCACCAUUGUCCUCAUGGUGGAAUCCUUGAGCAGUUUCCUUCCUCUCUGGCAACUGAGUUAUGAAGGAUGCCUGUAUCUUUGUUGUGACUGGGUGUAUUGAUACACCGUCCAAAGUGCAAUAAAUAACUUCACCAUGCUCAA